CAAGCUUGUCAUUCUUUAACCGACAGUGGCUCACGGCGGAUGUGUUUUUACGACUCGGAAAGUCUUCCAGGAUCAUCUGUGGGGAAGUCAUAAGGAUUCCCUUAACAUAGCGCCUGUUUCUCUAAGCGCAGUUGAAGUGUUUUUUGAAGUUGAAGUUACUUCCGGUGUAUAAGUGAAGCUGGCUGAAUAAUCAAAUUAGUGCGUCUGGCGUCGCCAAGGGGCAUAGUGAAUAAUUAAAGCUUCAAGAGGAAAGAUCGAAUAAUUAUUAUUGCCUACUGGUGCAUUUCACUGUCAAAGAUUAUAGUGAAAAUUUAAAUUCCGUGAUGCUGCAACAAGAGCAAAUAAAACAAAAGUGUGUAUGCAAAUCAGCUUGAAUGACGCAAAGUGGUUAGAGCUAUCAAAUAACAAGCUGACUGAAGUUUAGCUUCAUCUAAAAUACAUAAGUGAAGUACAAUUUUCGAGUUUCCAAAGUGUUUUCAAACUAAAAAUCCAAAAGGAUUGUUUCGAAUCAAGCGAUCGCUUCUAGCUAGGUCAAUAGUUAUAGCAUCUGGCUAAUCUACGUAAGUCAACAGAAUGCUAGUAUUGCAUUGCAUUUGAGUGCAUCUCUCAGCUAUAAUAGUGAUACCUAUCGCAUAGCAACAAAUCUGUGCGGUUUAGUUAGUAGUGGUUUACCCCAGCAGCAGUGAAGUACAGUCGCAAAUCGUUGCAUUUAGUGUGUUCCUCUGAGCAGCAGCAGCAAUAAUAACCGCGACAGAUAAGUUCCAUUGAAGUCACGUUUUUGCAACGAAGUGCACACAUAGGUACAGCUCUCAGUACAGAGUAGGCCUACGCACUUGCAUCGUCUGGAACUGGAACGUGGUAUAAAACGGGUGUUUUGGGUGCUGGUGUGAGUGAAAAAACAACAAGGUAGUGAUUGAUAUUAUCGAGACGAAUCGAAAGCCCGGAUCAAUGAUUAGCAGCAAAGGUUGAAGCGCAACGGAAUACGAUUGACCGGUAAAGCACCUCAAUGGCUUCGUUCGCACAUUUUUGUGCACACAAUUCUACAGCCGCCGUCGGUUUCCUGCGAGCCCCGCAACCCAGUUGGAACGCGUGGUAAAUCACCAAUAAACCACAGUGACAUCGGUGGGCUUAUCCUGUUGGGAAGAGCGCUUGUUUUUCGGGAAUUUUAAAAUCCGGGACGACGGGUUAAUGCUUGUUAUUUCUCACGUGCUGUAAGCGACCUCAUCUUGAAGCAUGGAAUGGUUGCUAGUAGGUCCGCAGAUAAACAGCAUUUUCGGUUCGCUAGGAUCGUUUGUGGAUGACACUUAUCUGGUCGACGAUGAUUGCCUGGUUGCGCUUGAGGAAAUAAUAUGCAAGCUAGCCUUGGAGGAUGCCACGCUCAGGACGUUUCGCCGGGCGAUUGGAUUUGGACAGAAUGUGAAAAACGAUAUCAUUCCCCUGCUGAUCCAUUCAAAGGAAACGAAAAUAAAAGAUUCCGCCAUCCGGCUGCUGGUGAAUCUGACGGUUCCGGUAGAAUGUCUGCUAUCGGUGGAAAACGUUUCCCAGUCGGAAGUAGGGCGGCAUACAAUAUUUGAGCUGAACAAACUCUUAUUCACCAGCAAGGAAGCUUUCAUCGAAUGGAAGGCUACCAAAGCUGUUAUUGAUCACAUGAAGACAAUGCUCGAGAGAGACACCAAACUUUCGAUUCAGAACUGUGACAGCAUUAACAAUUGUUUGCUCCUGCUGAGGAAUGUACUGCACGUACCGGAACCAUGUCCUUCGACAACGCAUCCACAUCCGACCUUCAGUCACGGCGGGACCUCGUUACAAAAUCAAAUCAUCUGGAAUCUGUUUACCCAGAGCAUCGACAAGUUGCUCGUCCAUCUGAUGUCAUGUCCCCAUCGGGCGUUCUGGGCCGUUACCAUGGCCCAGCUGGUAGCCCUGAUGUACAAGGACCAGCACAUCAACACCCUGCAGAAGAUGCUGAACCUCUGGUUCGAAUCGACCCUUUCGGAGAGCUCCAAUGACAACGAAAGCAACACCACGCCCUCGAAACAGUGCAGCGGAGAUUCCAGCCCGAUGCUUACCUCGGAUCCGACCUCCGAUUCCUCGGACAAUGGUAAAUUGGGAUCUUCCAAAAGUAUUGGUAUGCGACACUCGUGUAUGACUGUUUCAACAAAUUAAUAUUCACAUAAACUAUUGGGAACGUCCGAUUUAGUGUUAGCAAGUGAUAAGCAGUGUAGUAAAACAUACAUACAUGUUUUCAUCUUUCAGGUCACUAGAAGCAUCGUGGUA